AUGCUUCAGAAAGUAAUUGCGUUUGUGAUACUAUUGUAUCUAAUCGAUGUCACUUCUUGCCAAGAGGGAAUCUGGAACUUGAGUUUGACUCACAUGGAGUAUAAUGGAAGAACGUAUUGUCGUCCGAAGAGCGACAAAAUGGAUUAUCGCGUCGCGAUGGUCACUCGCGAGAAUUUUAAAUGGGAUUGCAAGAAUAUCGCAUAUACGAUUUUCUAUAUGAUCCACUGGUCCGAAAGUGAAAUCAAUUCGCUGUUGUCAAAAGUCGAAUAUCUAUAUUAUGUCAAGAUUUAUAUUGAAAGUACGAUGGCGGUGAAAAUCGAUUUCUCAUCGCUUCGAGAAAUUGAUGGAGUGCUACUUGAAAUUAAAUACGGCUCGAAAUUGAGGACGAUCGAUUUUCGGAGAGAUGGUCUCACAGUCAAAAAAUCUGAAUUGUAUGCAUUCGCACUGCCAUUAUUGAACGAUGAGAAUUUGGCGUUGUUGAAACGUUAUUGCGGCGACGGGGAUUGCGAGCACGCGAGAGAGACGAAAAUAAAUAUGUGGCGUCGAAAGGAUAAAAAAAACGGGCUCGAGUGGUGCUGGUUCCAUUCGCCCGGCGUCCACAAAGCCACCUUCUACAAACCGCAUCCAUAUUUGACGUCGUGCAAGCGAAUCUUCAAUGCGAAAAUUUAUAUGGUCGGCUGGCCGGUUGCCGAAAUCGAGAAGGUACUUAAAAACAUCGAAGCCGGCUCAUUUUUGGUCGUCUUCAUUGCUCGCACCGACGUUGAGGUCCUCGAUGUCACCUCGACCGUUUAUGUCGAUGCCUAUCAUUUCUAUAUGUUGGACAAUCCGAAGCUCAAAGACGUUUAUUUCUCGGAUGUUAUUCGGAACACGGAGAAGUUCCGUUCAGGAUUUACUGUGCUAUCAUUCAAUAAUCCAAAAAUGAGCUACAAGAGCAAUGAAUAUCUCAAACUAUUCUGCGAUUAUGCGUGUUUAAUGGAAGAUGUCAAUUUGAAGCCUACGCCACCAACGACGACGCCGAAGAUUCCAACGCAGCAGCCGUUGAUCGUCGCCACCGAACCGAUGCCCUCAAAGGAGAUGAUGAUACCCAAUUUGCAGUGGAUGAUCGGCCAAGAAGAUCAAUCAAUUCCAGUUACAGAAGUACAUGAGGAAUCAGUGGAGACGACGACGGAGUCGAUUGAUGAGCAUUCGCAUGCCACCUCAUCCUCGAUUCUUCUAAUUCCAGCAAUUUUGCUGGUCAUUCUUCUUGGAGAUUUUUAA